CUGGCGCAGUUGGUAUGUUACCGAUUAACCUGAAAACCAGGCUGCACAUUUGGCUUCACAUCAUUCCGUUGAGCGUUAUGUUAUAGCGUAGAACAUCAUUCCGGCCUAUGCCUAUGUCAGUCCGCUUGAUGUCUAGUCGGUGCCGGGUUCAAAGAAGCAAACGAGGGCUCUUCUUCGUACUGGAAGCCGGUUGUCCAUCCACGGCAGUCGUCUGUGUCUUCUAGAUCUUCGCCAGAAACGUUACGACAAAAUACCGUUCACAAACCGGAAGGCCGCAACAAUAAAAGUCGAAAACUUCUUCGACUAGUCGGCGAACUGUUUUUCAAAAGAAGCGCGUGUGAAAGUUUUGUGAUUUUACUACCAAUAUUAUUGUGAUUUUCGAUAAAUAGCAUCCUCAAAGGGACCCGAUAAGAUAAGGAAUGAUGAGGUGGAGGACUCAUUAAAACGGUCGAUAACGCUGUUUGGUUUUAAUGUCCACACCAAAUUGAACCCAGUUGAGGUAUCGGAAUAUGAUGCGACCAAGACCUAAGUUACACAGAAACAAGUGAUAGCGUGAUCCGACAGCGAUAGACAUUCAGGAUUAGUGUGAUGAACAAUGGGACUGUGUUGUCGCUUAACAAGAACUAAUCGUGAGUUAAUAGUAUGGCUAGAAGACGCAAGUUUUUGCAGUUCUUAAUCGGUUUAAUUUUCGGAAUUUUUGUGAACGUGUAUCUUCAAAGUCGAUCUUCUUGUGACAAAACGCUAGAUUUUCGAGAAGACAUGGCCGCAUGGAAGGAAUCUUCUUCAAACAACGGUCUCCUGUUUGUGGGCGUGAUGACGGCCGAACAAUAUUUAGAAACAAGAGCGAAGACUGUGUACGAAACGUGGGCAAGUCGGGUGCCAGGGAAGAUUAUGUUUUUCAGCUCCGAGAAUUCUUCAAGUUACUCCAUUCCUUUAGUAUCCCUGCCAGGAGUCGAUGAUCGAUACCCCCCACAAGCUAAAUCGUUCAUGAUGCUCAAAUACAUGCAUGAUAACUACAUUGACAGUUACGAGUGGUUCUUUCGAGCAGAUGAUGACGUCUAUGUAAAGACGAACAAGUUGGAGACGUUUCUACGUUCGGUGGACAGCCGAAAGCCAUGGUUUAUAGGGCAGACUGGACGAGGCAACAGCGAGGAAUUUGGUCUUUUGUCUUUGGAAGACGACCAGAACUUUUGCAUGGGCGGCCCCGGGGUCAUUAUGAGCCGAGAAACACUACGACUGAUGGUACCUCAUGUCGAAGAGUGUUUGGGAAAACUGUACACCAGCCAUGAGGACGUGGAGCUCGGAAGGUGUGUUAGACGUUUCGCUGGGAUUUCUUGUACCUGGUCUUAUGAGAUGCAAGUGAUAUUUUAUCACAACCAGAGUGGAAAUUCGGCAUUCUCCGGGAAUUUGAACCACAAGGAGGUUCAUCAGGCGAUAACGAUGCACCCGGUGAAGAAGGCGCCGUUCAUGCGUCGUCUCCAUAAGUAUGUUAAGGGCUUAGAAAUCCACGAAUUGAGACAGGAGAGCGUCGAACUGCACAGGGACAUAGCCAGCUCGAUGUCCUUUUUAGGUUUAAACCUGAGUCAACUGCACAGCGCCGAAAUAGCGGACGACGUGCCACUAUAUCCUUCACCGCCUGGUUCAAAGGGUUAUCUCGGAGAUCCAGAACUACUAGGUGUUCCAGUGGGAUUUACCAGGUACCAGCCAGCUAAUGUAGAUAACGUUCUUGAUUGGGAAUUUAUUUCAAAAUCUCUGUACUCCUACAAGGACAUUAAUCCGAGGCGCAGAAUUGGAUCGUCUCUGAAAGAAGGGUUUCAAGAUGUUGUGAGAGAGGUGAUGGAGCAUAUAAACCGUUUUUCGAAACAACGGGGAAGAGUUAUAGAUUUCAAAGAAAUAUUGUACGCCUACUGUAGAUUAAACGUUUUACAUGGCGCCGAUUACAUACUCGACAUGUCGCUCACCUAUAAAAAAUAUCGAGGCCAUAAAAUGACGGUCCCCGUCAGAAAACACGCAUACUUACAACAAUCAUUUACAGGAAUCUACAUUCGAGAGACGAACUACACUCAGCCCUCAACCCCCUUCCUGCCAGAGCUUCAGCCUCUCAACACAGUCUUGGCCAAGUUCAAAAACAACAUCCCCAUCCUGUUCACAAACGACAAUGACGUUUCGAAAACCAAAGUCACCUUCAUCCUCCCUCUGAGCGGCCGCUUCGAAACGUUCCGGAGAUUCAUGAUGAUCUACGAUCGAGUGUGUCUUUCCGAAGACGAAAACACACAACUGCAGGUUGUGCUUCACAAAACCGAAACGACAUUAGAGGACUAUCAGAACACAAUAAACCUCAUUCACAAAUUCAGACAAAAGUACGUAAAUUCCAACAUUAACUUUACAGUGAUCGAAGAGACGUUUUCCCGCGGUCACGCACUGCAAACGGGGGUGACUAGUGUGAGGGAUGACGAUAGUAUAUUGCUUUUUAUUGACGUCGAUAUGGUGUUCACCAAAUCCGUGCUGAACAGGGUGCGCCUUAACACCGUGAAGUCAAAGAGCGUUUAUUUUCCAAUUGUUUAUAGUCUCUACAGUCCUGUGAUAACCCAGUUCCAGAACGACGUGUCCCAAUACUUGGAUUACCCCGCGAACAUCGUGAACGAAAGACACGGAUUCUGGAGACAAUUCGGGUUCGGUAUCGUAAGCCUGUUCAAAUCGGAUUUUAUAAAUUUGGGGGGUUUUAAGACUUCUAUCGUCGGAUGGGGAAUGGAGGAUGUAACUUUCUUCGACGAGGCUGUUAAAUCGACCUUAAAAAUAGUGAGAUGCAUCGAUCCGGAACUGGUGCACUGGUAUCAUCCCGUGGGAUGCGACAGCGGCCUGGGAAAGUUCCAAAGGGACAUGUGCAUAGGGACCAAAGCAGCCAUUUUCGGAUCUUUGAACGAUACGCAAAAUAUCUUCCUCAAAUAUAGCGACGAACUGUUAUUACGGAAAGGCGACGACAAGAAUAGGUAAUGUUUAGGCAAAAAUCCGAAAUGGAACUUGUGUGAUCCAGUUGAAUUUUGUUUGCCAAUAAAUACUCAUUAAUUAAACGGAUAAGGUAGUUAUAGUAAUUAAUAAAGAAUAUAAUGUUCCUAUAAUGCAAUUAUUCUAUCAUUGACGUUGAUUAUCGUAUUAUUUAUUAUUUAAACAAAACAAUUGCAGCUCUU